UAGUUGUCAACUUAAAAACUCUUGGUUUAACAGGUCAGGAACUCUAACAUAGAAUGCAUUGAGCGGGAUUUUGUCCCCCCUCUUUCCACAAAGGAAAGAGAAGCCAAUACCCUACAGGAUGAGGCAGAGACAAAUGACGGCUUCAAUUAUGAGAGUUUUACAAGAUCGUCAGAAGAAGAAACAGCUAAAAAAGAAAGCAAUUUAGAUCUUGUUGAAAACUACUCUUCAGUGCCUGACAUAUCCGAGAAAGAGAUUAAAGAGGAGAUUUUAGAGAAAGCAGACUCAGAGGCUACAGUGGUGAUAGAGGAAACAAGCUUAACGGAAGCUGAAGUAGAACACAAGAUGCAGGUAGAUAGUUCUAACAUGGUUUCUGAAGAGAAGGGUCUAUUAACAACUGAAACAAGUGAGAUGGAGUCAAAUGGCAUAGAUACCAUUGCUAAAACUAUAGAAACAUCUAACUUGGGUGAGAAUAAGGACAUGGAGAUCCCAACAGCAAGAAAGCAUGGGGCCGAUGAAGCAGCAGAAAAGAUAGAGCCUGAAGGGAAGAAUGAAACCUGUGAUGCAAUAUCAAAUACUGAAGAUCAAAGAGAAAUCGCCACUGUUGAGACAUCCUUGGAUGACAUAUCAGAACAGAACCUUCAGGCAUCUUCCACGACAUCAUUGGAAGAACACAACUUCUUGACACCUGAUGUGAGUGAGACAAGAGUUGAGGCUCCAGAGAAAGACAAAACCUUGUAUGGCAACGCAGAAACUCCCAUAGUUGCAGAGACAACAGAAGAAAAUACAAUGGAAAAGGAGGAUGAGUCAACAAAUCAAAUAAACAAUACCAAUGUGGAGCCUAUAGAAAUUGAAAAGGAGAGUGCAAAUGAUGAUGCUCAAAAUGAGGAUCAAGAGUCGUAUGCUUCUCCUGAGAUGAACAAUGAAAAAAGUACAUCUGAAUCAGAUAUCAAAAUUUUGAAGAGCGUAAGCACCAGUCAAAUACCUGAUUGCAGUGAGAUUGGCAAAUUGGAGACUGUAGAAGAUGAAAAGUUGUCAGAUACAGGAUUAGAAAAGGAUCAAUCUGACUAUGAAAUGGCAGUCAGUGCAGACUCUAAGGGUGUUGAAGCGGAUGGUGGAUGCAUAGAGACUGAAAAGGCUAUCCAGGAAAAAGAGGAUUCUGCUAUGAACUUUGAAGAAAACUCAAAGGAAAGUGUUGAAAUAAAGAAGCCCCAAGUUGAAUUUGAGGCAGGAGGUCAUAGUCAUGGAACUGAGGAUUCUGAAACCAAAAGUAUCAGCACUCUUACAGAAAAGGUGCCCAGGGAAAUUGAGAGAGCUACUGAAAGUGAAAUCAUUGAAGAACAGACUACUGAAGAAGAAAGUUGCACUAAGGAACCUCAGAUGAUAGCUGUAGCAGAUGAAACAAUAAAUGAGAUGAGAGACCUGGAUCUAACACCCAGUCAGAGUCUUGAAACGACAGCUUCCAAUGACAACACAGAAAUGGUGAAAUCAAAGCUUGCAGAAGAUCUCAACCAGGAAUCAGAAGCAUCAUCGAUGAAAAUAACAAUGAAAGACGAAAUCAAGAAGCCAAUUGAGAAGCCUGUGAAUGUCUCAAGCUUGGUAUCUGAAGUGUCAGAAGAAAAACUUGAAGAAGAGAACAUAGAAGACACAGAAAAUUGUGAUGACGACACUAAUAUUGCACCAACAGUGCUAACAGAUGUAACAAACGUGGGAGAAGUUCAGCUAAAUGACAAGCCUGUAAAAGCUCUUGAUACUAGUUCAGAUGCUAAGAGUCUAGAGCCAGCCACAAUAGCUGACACUAGCCAACAUGAUGCAGAAGUUGACAGCAUGAAGCUUGAGUCAGAUGCAAAUGAUGUUGAAGCUGAAGGAACCAAAAUUCCUGACUCAGUAUCUGAGUCUAAAGAUCAGGGUGUCAAAGAGAUUUAUGAGACAGAUACAAGCUUAACAGUGGGAGAGACUGAGACAAAUGAAAUUGACAAACAAAUCAAAGAAGUUCCUGAAGCAUUAUCCGAACCCCUAAACCAAGGUGUUGAAACAGCUAGCAAUGAUGAGAUUAUUGCACCAACAGUGGCAAUAGAAGUAACAAGUGUGGGGAAAGUUCAGGUAAAUGACGACCCUGUGAACGCCCUUGAUACUAGUUCAGAUGCUAAGAGUCUAGAGACAACCAAAGCGGCUGAUAUUAUUCAACAGGAUGAAGAAGUAGACAGCAUGAGGCCUAAAGAGGCCUCUACCAUGGUUUGCCAGCUUCCAAUACACGAGCAUGAGAAAGCAGGCAAUGAAAUAAGUGUAGAGAAGUCGGAUGCAAAUGAUGAUGAAGUUGAAGAACUCAAAAUUUCUGACGCAGUACCUGAUUCUAAAGAUCAGUGUGUAAAAGAGUUUAACAAGACAGGGACAAGCCUAAUUAUGGGAGAGACUGAUGCAAAUGAAAUUGAAAAACAAAUCAGAGAAGUUCCUGAAGGAUUAUCUGAGCCCAUAAAUCAAGGUGUUGAAGCCGAUAGAGAUGAUGAGAUUACCCCUGGUCAGACUCUCCAAGCUGAGAAAAUUGAUGAGCAACUUCAGGAAGAGCAACUUCAGGUGUCAUCCUCUUCCUUGAUUUCCAAGGAACAGGACAGUGAAACUACAACCACAAUCGAAAAGUCUGAAGAUGGGAGCACAAAGAAAGAUGAUACACAAGUUGACAACUUGAAGCCUGUAGAAAGCUCUGGUAUGGUGUCUGAACUUCCAAUAACCAACUGUGAGAGUGCAAACAAUGAAACUGUAGAGAAGUUAGAUGCAGAUGAAGUUGAAGUUGAAGAAACCAAAACUUUGGAUGCAGUAUCUGAGUCCAAAGAUCAGGGUUUUGAAGAAAUUCAUGAGACUGGGACAAGCCAAACUACAGAAAAUGCACUGACAGACAAAAUAGAACAAGAAAUUCAAGAAGCAAAUGAAAAAAUAUCUGAUCCCAUAUAUCAAGGUGUUGACUCAGUUGUUGAUGGUGAGACCUCUGAUCAUCCUCUACCACUUGGUAAGUUAGAAGAUGAGAGCACAAAGGAAGAUGAAACAGAAAUUGACAACAUCGAGCUUGUAGAAGCCACUGGCAUGUUGUCGAAACUUCCAGCAAUUGAACACAAGAAUGCAGACAUGAGUGCAACUAUAGAAAAGUCAGAUGCAAAUGAAGUUCAAGUUGAAGAAUCCAAAACUUCAGAAGCAAUAUCUGAGUCCAAAGUUCAUGGUGUUGAAGAAAUUCAUGAGAUUGGGCCAAGCCUGACUGUAGGAAACACUCAUACAGACAAAGUGGAAGAAAUCAAAGAAGCUCCUGAUACAAUAUAUAAACCCGCCUAUCAAUGUGUCGAAGCAGUCAUUGAUAGGGAUAUCACCAUUAAUAAAACUCUCCCAACUCAGAGAAAUGAGCAACUUCAGGAACCAUCCUCUGCCUUGCCCAAGGAACAGAACGAUGAAACUCCUACCAAUGUUGAGUUGAUAAAAGAUGAGAGCACAAAGAAAGAUGAAACUCAACCGAAUGAGAAUGUAGCUUAUUCCUUUCCAACAAGUAUAACAGAAAAACCAUGCCUGCAAGAUGAAGGACCGAGGGAGCUUGAUGUUUCGAAUUUGGAGCUGAAAGCACAGGAGAGUCAAAUUAAAGCACCGGAGGAAGAAAGCAUAGCUCUAGAAGAAACUUCAACAGUAGAGCCUCAAGAAUACAUCCCUGAGAUCAAAUGUGCUGACUGUCCAAUGGAAUAUGAGAUUAUACCUAUACAGUGUAGUUCACAGGGGACUUUAAAAGACGAGGACAUUAUCAAUUCAGGGGACUCAAACAAGGAAUCUGAUAAUUUACCUCCUCCUUAUGCAGCAGUCAAAAAUCUUUUACAAGGAGAGGUGGGUGAAAUGUGUGAGGAAGCCUCUAAUCUCAAGUUUGAGAAGACUGCAAAGGUUCUUGAAUCUGUGUCUGAAAUUUACAGUCCUGAAGUACCCCCCACAUCAGAAGGGAUAGAAAUCAUAGAAGAGCAGCUCAAGGGAGUCAUAACUGAAACGAGGGAUGGCAAGAAUCAUAGUAAGGAAACAACUGAAGCAGAUGAAGCCAUAAAGAAAGAUAAUUCAAACGGAAAGGCAAUUGAUGAAGAACACAAACAGAUCACUGAGGAAAAUCCAGUUGCCAGAAACUCUCACUCAGUGUCUCCUCAUGAGGAAACAGUCACAAAGAGCAACCAAGAAGAUGAAUUAAGGGCAGAAGAUUAUCCAGGAAAAAGGACAAAUAUAACAUUUGAGAUCAUAGAGAAUGAAAUUCAACAUGAAGAGUUGUUUGAAGAAUCUGAAGAAGCCGGUGAAGACAAAUACAUUAAAGAAACGACCACAACUGAAGAUAAAACUUUCAAAGAUGGCAAAGUUUCAGUUGGGGAUGGGACAGCUAAUGUCAGCCCUCCAGAAGAAGCAGAGGAUGGAAAGAAUAUUGAGAAAGUACCAAAUAGAUUAGACCAUGAAAAUCAGGGUGAUGAAACAAACUUUGAAGAUGCAGCAACAGAAGCAACAGCACCAAAUAAAGAGUUUAAGCCCUCUGAGGUAAUGUUGGUAAGCCAUGAGAAGGACAGAACAUGUGACGAUGAUGAGGAAACUGUGAUGAGAAAUGAUGAACAUCUACAAAACACAGACCUAGUUGUUCCGCCAGUUAUUGAUGCAGCAGCUGAAGAAGCACCAGAUGAAAAAGUACGUGAAAAUUUUGAGGAAGUCUCUGAACCUGCUCCUAAAGGCCCAACUCACAGAACCAUUGAAACAUAUGAAGAGAACAAAGAAAUUGCUAGUGCUGACACCAAUAAUUCAGAGAAUCUCACGGACAAUGACAAGCUGGAGAGCAGAUUUCUUCAACCAGCAUGUGAAGAAAGUGGUGUUAGAGAAGACAAGAAUCUGAAAGAGCAAGAGGUUUCCUCAAAUAUACCAAGCAUUUCAUCUUGCGCAGCAACUUCACAUGAAAAAAUAGCAGAUAAAGAGAGUGAGAAAACUGCAGAUAAGAAAGAUGGCUUUGUUUCUGACAAGCAAACAACAGAAGCAGUAGGCAUACUAGAACAAGAAAAGAGCAUUCAAUUUGAGGAGGAGCACACAAAGGAUGAGGAGCCAGUAGAGCUGUCAACCAUGGGAAAUGAGAGGAAGCUUGAUGAAACCAAGAUUCACAGUAAAACCACUACAAAUGGAGAUGAAGAAACUCAAUACCAAAAUGAGAAACCUAAUGUUUUGUCUCAUAUCAAGGAUUCAAGCAGAGAGGUAUCACAUGAAAAGGGAAUAAUGGAUCUUGACAAAGUCAAUCAAAUCACUGAAGGAACACAAGAUCUUGAGAAAACCUCUAUUGCCAUAUCCCACGAGCAGAUUGCAAGAAGAGCAAAUACAACUGAGAGUGCAGAAACUACAAAUUCAACUGCCAGCAAAGAUAUUCCACAAAUGCAUGAUGACCCAACAACAAAAAUCUUCCAGAAUCCUGAGAUCGAAGAUUUAAAAGCUGGAUAUGCUUCAGGGUUUGAACCAGAAGCAACAGGAGUGGAAUGUGGAGAAGAGAAAAGAAUGGGUGAAGAAUCUGAAGAAACAACAGAAAAGUCUGUAAUGAUAGAGUCAGCUGAGUUUUCAUUAUCUGACUUCAUGCAUGGAUCCAGAAAACAAACCUUGCCAGUGGUUGAACACUUGACGGAAGAGAGAGAAUUGGCGGGCAACAAGGAGGAACCACAAACUGAGUCAGCAGAAAGAGUUCAAGUUGAAGAAACAAAAACAGAAGAAGGGAAAGAUGAAUAUGAGGAAGGAGAUGAACACAAAAGAGCAGACUCUGGCUCUGAUGCUCCAGUCAUGGUAGAAGCCUCGACAGAUACGGAUGUCAAAAUUGUACAUAAGAAACAUCACAAUAUACUUUCAGGUGUUGGGUCAAAGGUUAAACAUUCACUUGCCAAGAUGAAGAAAGCUAUAACUGGCAAGUCUUCUCACCCAAAAACACCAUCAGCAGUAAAAUAACAAACUAGCUGGUCUGCGCUAGUUAAAAAUCACAUGAAGGCUGGUUCUUCACAACACAAUUAAUGUAGAAAGGGCUUGUUUCUAUUUUCACUUUGUAACAUAUGAGUGUGGUGUGCAUUUGUCCAGCUUGAGUAAGUUCAGAAUUAGCACUUGUAUAAAGUAAGUUACACAGUUAUCCGAUUGCAAUAUAUCGUCUUUUUUCAUAA